UUAAUUUUUUUUUGUUUUUAUUAAAAAAUUUCUAAUUUUUCAAGUUAAUUUUCAUUUAUGUAGUUUUUAAUUUAGAAAAAUGCAUUUUUCAAUACCUGAUACGAAGGAGUACACGGAAAAUGGUAGUUCUUAUAUCGGGUAUAAUAUACAUAUAAAUGGUGUGUACCAUUGUACGGUCCGAUAUAAGCAAUUACACAAUUUACACGAACAGUUAAAACGAAAAUGUGGAUCAUCAAAUUUACCACAAUUUCCACCAAAGAAAUUCUUACCCUUAACUACGUCACAACUAUAUGACCGUCGUGCUCAAUUAGAAAAAUAUGUUCAAGCAAUUGGACAAGAAUCACGGAUAAUAACAUCGAACAUUCUGAACAGUUUCUUACGAAAUGCACAACAGGAGAGCGAAGGUUCCGUCACCGAACAGACAACAAUGGAUAUAUAUUUAAUGAACGGUUAUCAAAUACAGAUACAUUUAUUAACAACGGAUCAAACGAAUACAGUUUUAAAAAAAGUAUGCGAGCAAAUCAAUUUACCACCAGAGUAUAUCGAUUAUUUUGCGCUGUUUUGUAUACGUCGUAACGAAAAUGGUGAUAUUACAAUUGUACGAAAAUUAGAAGAUUUUGAAUCACCGUAUAUUUCUCAAAAGUUAUACGAAAAUUCUAAACACAGCGAUGUACAACGGAUAUAUUUACGAAAAAUGUGUUGGGAUCCCGAAUACGAUUUGGAACUGAUGUGUCAUCCGGUAUCGUUAAAUCUACUGUAUGUGCAAACUGUGAGCGAUGUAGAACGUGGCUGGAUCAUAUGUACGAAAAGUGUGUUAGCACAAUUAGCCGAUUUACAAUCGCGUGGUGCUAAAAAGCAAUACUUGGAAUUAGCACGAACACUUAAAUAUUAUGGAUAUAUGCAAUUUGGUUAUGCAAUUAGUGAUUAUCCGCAACCGGAUACACGUGUCAUUAUUGCGAUUGGAAAACGAGAGUUGAGUAUGCGAUUACCGAGUGCGACAGAAUGUAACACACGCGAAGGUUGUUUUAAAGUUACACGUAUGCGAUGUUGGCGUAUUACAACUGUUCGCAAGAAUGACACAAACGAUUGUGACCCAGAACCACAACUGGAAUUAUCGUUUGAGUAUUUAUUAUCGAAGGAUAAGCUGCGUUGGAUCAAUAUAUCAAGUCCACAUGCCAUAUUUAUGUCAACAUGUUUACAAUCGGUGGUCGACGAACUCUUAUUGAAGAAGAAUGGUCUUAGUGGUGGGGUAGGAGACAGCAGUGGAGCCACUAAACAAUUUAAUAAUAUUGAUGCCAAGAAUCAUUCAUGGACCUAUAUGAAACGUGACGGAUCUAUCUCUUUAAUUGAUCUAAAUUCAUCUGUUGAUGCGCCAGAAAAUGUGGAAAAUACACCACGAUCAUCACAACAAUGGAGUGAACCAUUUUCAAUAAAAAAAUUACAAGAGAAAUUCAGCAACAGCGCUCUAAGUCGUUUUAUGAGCGGAAACAAUCAAUUUAUUGAGAACGAUGCCUUUGAAGAUAUCGGUGAUGAAGAUUUGUAAAUUUUUAUUUUACAAAGAAGGGAUGAUCUAGACUGAAAUGAAUCGCUUCUAAAUCGCUUUUAGAAAUUUUGUUUUUUUUUUUAUUAACUUUGUGCAAUAAUUUUGUUUUUAAAUUCUUUGACUGAAUUUUAUAGGUCGAUAAAAAUCAUAGACUAACUAAUCUAGGAGCAAGUGUAAUAUUUGAAACGUCAUUUUAGAAUGGCUGUAAAUUUUGGGGAUUGUUGUCAUUGUCGUGCUUAGUAAUUUUUUAAAAUACGAUAAUUUUCAUAGCCAAGAACUUUUCUGUUGCAACUCUCUUGAGACUUCUGUUGCUCUACACCUUAAAAAGUGAAAAAUUUCAGGCGUCGACCGAUGGGCAUUCUGCCUUGCUGAAUAUCGAAUAAAAUUAAUUUUGUAUUUUUGAUGUUAUAAAAACGGGGUUUUUAGCAAUUAGGAGGGGAUUCUUAGAGGAAAAACUGUUUUACUGCUUUGAACUUCCGUACAACCUCUCCAAAUUGAGCCCUUAGGUUGAAAAUCGAUACGUAUGUUGAGGUUAGUAUCAAGGAUGUGUUUUUUGAAAGUGUUAAUUUUUCUUCUUCCACCUCUUUUUCUAUAUCACAAAAUCAUAUUUUUUUAGCGGUUUUUAAGGCUUUCCAAACUACUAUAGCUCUUCCAAAUUGAACUACAGUGUUGAAAAUUGGUACGUAUGUUGAGGAUGUACCUUUUAGAAUUUUUAACUCCACAGCACUUCUACCUCCUUUUCUAUACCACAAAAUCUUUUUUUUCGCGAUUUUUAAGGCUUUUCACACCCUCAAAGCUCCGCUACAGUGUUGAAACUUAUAUAAGUUGAGUUAAUGUCAAGGAUGUGCUUUUUGAGGGUGACAACUUCCCAACCCUCCCUUUUUUUACCCCAAAAUAUUUGACAUCUAACAGAGAGGGGGAAAUAUGAUUUUAGUGAUGGGGAUCCGCUUCUCACUUUUCUAGGGUCAUUAGAAAGUGUAAUAUCCGACUAAAAGUAUUAAGACAGAACCUUGAUAAAUUUCUAUCGAAUUUUCAGCCAUUCUAAAGUGACUUUCAAAUAAUAUACCUGGCCACAGACCUACAAUUGGCGAAAUUGAAAAACUUGCAGAGAAUUUUUGAAAAAAAGUCUAUGAUUAACGACUUUUUUACAUGCUUUUAUUUCAGAGCAAAAUGAACGUUCAACGUGAUAUUUGUACGAACAUUUGUUUUUAACACUUUCUAAAUUAUUAGAUGAAAAUCGUUAAACUAAAUUAUAAACUGUUCGCCCAAAAAAAAAACUGCAAUCAAAAGAUUAGAAACUUAUACCAAAACAUCGCAUUUUUUGAGUUUCGUACCCAAAAGGUGACCAACGGAACCCUAUUACGAAGGUAUAGUCUGAUUUUAUACAGGGUUUUGGGCGCUACCACAGAAAAUAUUCGAUGAAUUCUCAAAUGAACGUGAUUUUUGUAUUAUAUCAGCAAAUUUUACCGAGUUUUAGCAAAUUUCGACGAAAAGGGAUAUCCAAUUUCGAUAAAACGCAGUACAAAAGAUAAUUUUGUCCCCAAAAAUUGUAGGAAAAUAUGAAUGACCUAAACGAGCUGCCAAAACCUUGGAACCUGGGUGAUUUUAUACGUUAGGCCAGAAUCACACUUUUCCACAAAGUGGAAAUGGGUGCGCUAUCUCCCCCACCAAAGAUUUUUAAGGGGAUAACGACCUCCAGUACCAUUGGGAGAAUUUGAAAUUAUGUGGAAUAUUAUGGUUUUGGACAAAUCUACAAAACCAUUAUGGCCCCAGGUUUUUGGCAGCUCGUUUUGGUCGUCUUGCAUAUUUUAUUACAACUUCGAGGGCAAAAUUUGGUUCAUUUAAUGAUUGAUUGCGUAGUUUCUGAGAUAUCGUCAAAAAUUUCAUACGACGAAUAAAAAUAUAGUGGAUUCUAGUGUCCUUUGGAUAUUUUCCAAAUUUUUAAAACAAAAGAGAUUAUUUUUUUUAAUU